GUCUGGGCUGCAUGCGCCGAUCCGCGGUUUUUUUUUCGAGUUCCUGUUGGGGCUUUUGCGAAUUUCGGUCGGAUCUAAUUGGAUCGUCUGUCGGCGAGAAAAGGAGGUGGGUUGAUUUGGCCCGUCGUGCCGUGAUUCUUGGGAGAAUUGGAGAUUCGCGUACGGCUCUCUGGUUCUCGCCGGCGAGAUUUCCUGUUUGGAUGGGGAUAGAUCAGCGCAAUUUUUGUGUCUGCCGAAGCGCGAAUUUGAAUUUUACACGAGAACUGCAUAGUAGAAAUAAUUAGAUUUAGUAAAGGGUAUGAUGUUAGUCAUACAUAAUCUUGGCUAUACAGAGAGGGUAGUUAGUGCAUAAUACUUAUAUACUGGUCAGAUAUAUUUGUAAAAGGGAGUUGGUAAAAAGACUUUAUUUUGUUGAGUAAAUAGGAUGUGAUGUUGGUCAUAUAAUGUCGGUUUUGUAGAUAAUUAUGGUUUUACAUCUUGCUGAAAUUUCCGUCCCUAAAAGUACAUAAUAGCGGCAUUGUAGUGUAUUAACUGUUUUUGUGGUGUAUCUUAUUCUCUUUCUGAUUCAGUACAGAAGAAGAGAAGAAUAAUUAGAAGAGUUGCCUCUAUUCAAAAGUAAAUGAGAUGAGCGGUCAAUAAGAAUAUUUUAGAUUAUUUUGGAAUGUGGAUACUUGCAACUUAAAAGUCAUGAUAUUUUAGUUAGUUUCUGAUAGAGUGAUAGUUGAACUGUCUGGUAUAUUCGGUUUGCUAUCUAACCCAUCUAAUGUCAUCUUACCAUGUCUCUAUGCUGAAUCACAAUACCCUCCACAGUGAGUACAUUCAAGCCCCAUGAAAUUGGCUGUACAUCAUAUAUCUGGAUGUGCCUAGUACUCUAGCUGUUCUCUGUCAAACAGAAAAUAAUAUCUCUGAGUAGCCUUUGCCAGGUUAUUUUAAUUUCUUGGUUUAAUGCUUGUCAUAUUUGUUCAUUGCGAAAGGGACUGAUGGAGUGUUUUCUUACUUUUCAGGAUAUGCCUCGUUACGAUGAUCGUUAUGGAAACGCACGCCUGUAUGUUGGUAGAUUGUCCUCCCGUACUCGUUCGCGCGACCUAGAAUAUCUUUUCAGCAAAUAUGGAAGAAUACGGGAAGUGGAAUUGAAGCGCGACUAUGCAUUCAUUGAAUACAGUGAUCCUCGUGAUGCUGAUGAUGCCCGAUACAAUCUAGAUGGCAGGGAUGUUGAUGGGAGCCGCAUUAUUGUUGAAUUUGCUAAAGGGGUUCCACGUGGUUCUGGUGGUUCACGAGAACGUGAAUAUGUGGGAAGAGGCCCUCCUCCAGGAACAGGCCGUUGUUUCAACUGUGGUAUUGAUGGUCACUGGGCCAGGGACUGCAAGGCUGGUGACUGGAAGAACAAAUGCUACCGCUGUGGAGAAAGGGGCCAUAUAGAAAGAAAUUGCCAGAAUAGUCCGAGGAGUCUCAGGCGUGAGAGAAGCUAUUCACGGUCCCCAUCUCCACGUCGUGGACGGGCCCGCAGUCGGAGCUACAGCAGAAGCCGUAGUUACAGCCGAUCUAGGUCCAGAUCUUAUUCUGAAUCUCCCAGAGGGCGCCGCACAGAGCGUGAUGAGAGGAGAUCAAGGAGCAUCAGCUACAGCAGGAGCCCCAGGCGAUCACUCUCCCCAGAAGCUAAGGAAAUGGAUCGCAGCCCCACACCUGAUCGCAGUCGGAGCCCCAGGCGAUCCAUCUCACCUGUAGCAAAGGAUAAUGGUGAUAGCCCUCGGGGCAGGGAUAAGAGCAGGAGCCCUUCUGAUGGCUACCGCAGCCCUGUGGCCAAUGGGCGCAGUCCAAGCCCUGCUAACAAUGGCAAUCCCAGUCUUACCAGGGACAACAGGGGCAGUCCAAGCCCGAGGGGCAACAAUGGUAGCCCUAGUCCCAAGGGCAAUGGCGAUGGUGGCAGCCCAAGUCCAAGGGGCAAUGGUGACGAUGAUGGCCGUCGCGGCUCAGGCUCACCUAGAGGAAGAAGCGUGUCUCCCUGAAACAUGGAACCAUUUUCCAUUUUCUGCUCGCUACAUGUGGUUGUGACAGUACAUUUCAAGUUUAAGACGUUUGUCAGUGAAUUUCCUACCUGUUUCUUGAACCUGUUAUUUAGUUCCUGGACGACUCAGAAGGUUUGUUACUAUGGUUAUUAUGUUGUGCGUAAUGGAUUGAUAAUACUAUUCAGUAGCAUAAGAAUAUAUGGUAUCAGUUUGUGACA